AUCCCACGUUAAAUGUUCCAGUUUAUUCAAGAUAACAAACAGUUUAGAGCUUCAAUUGCAAAUCGCCACCGAGAAUGAAGUGCGUACUUUGCAUUUUGCUGCUUGUGGCCGGCUAUCGCAUAAAAACAGGAUAUGCUGCGUCCCAACAAUGUGAAACAUCUUCAGUUGGGACACACUUUAUGUUCGGCCUUAUUGGUUACUAUGAAAGGGUCACGUCAGCUAACGCUACCAUUCAACUUCACCUAACACCAGAAUUGCAAGUAUCGACUCAUGUUCGUGUGACGGCACCGUUUAUAAACAUGAACAGAACAUAUACUGUUUCAAACUAUACCGUUAUUCUGCUUCAUGGCAGAUUGAUACAGUUUGAAAAUGGAACGCAAUAUAAAGGGACUGAAGUUAUUUCAGAUUUGAAUAUUUCUUUGACAGUUUUUAUUAGUGGUGUAAGUGAUAUAGCAGAAGGAUUCCUGGCGUUACCACUCAGCGCUCUUGGUACUCGAUAUAUUGCUGCUUCUUACACUCCAACUUACCCAUACAGUAGUGAAAUUCUCAUAGCUGGUGUGGAGAAUGAUACAGACGUUAUCCUGUCAACAGUAAUUGAUGGAAAGAGAAACACUUACCUAACUUUUCAAUUACAGAAGUUUGAAACGUAUCAAUUUAAAGUGAAUAAUGACGUAAGCGGCAGUAUAGUAACAUCUAGCAAACCAGUAGCUAUUUUCUCAGGAUCUGCUUUGGCACAUGUUCCUGCUGGAAUCGGAGAUUGGCAGUAUCUAGUCGAGCAAAUGAUUCCGACAAAAUACUGGACUACAAGAUUCAUAGUUCCACCUAUCUAUCCAAGAAGACAUUUUGUUGUGAAGUUAUUUACAGAUCAGGAUAACACAGAAGUACAUUAUUACAACAGUACAGAUCACUUCGCCUUAAACAUGAACAAAAUGACUUCAGUUGAGUUGUUGUUUAGUACAGAUCCUGUAACUGUUUUAGCAAACAAACCAAUCAGUGUGAUACAAUACGGACAUAAUGGAGAUAAAAUGGCCGGUGAUCCCUUCAUGUCAACCACACAAGGGAUCACUCAGUUUAAGAACUCGUAUAAAUUCGUAACACAAAAAUAUUAUUCCAGGGUAGGAAGCAAUACUAUAGCUAUUACAAUUCUAAAGAACAGUACCGGCGGACUUCUACUGAAUGGACAUUCAAUGUCUUACUGGAGCGCUAAGAAUGUGUCAGUCUCACCGCCAUUAGAUCAGUAUACAACUCUCUUUGUUAAUGCCAUACACAACAGUUACUUUCAUUUAUAUCACAGCGAUGGAAUAAAGUUUGGAGCCAUAAUUUAUGGACGCCCCGGUAAUCUUGUUGCGUACGGUUACCCUCUACAGCUGUCAUUUACCAAUAAAGACUGUGGAAAGCAUGAAGUUAGCCUCACAACCGUAGCUACUACGCAUGCACAAACAACCACAGUCACCAAGCCUGUGUAUUCUAACUCAACAUUUCAGGGGGGUAAGUCUAUUCUUGUUGGAUUAUACAUAUAAUCAUUUGUAUUACUAGUAUGUACCAAUAUAAAUUCUGUCAAAUAUACAGCUUUUGUAUUUCACAAGUAAAUAUGAACAGGCAGAAAAAAACCGUAUUGUACCUUUUGUAAUGUAUGUUGUCAGACUAAUAGGCAUGACCUAACAGUUGAAUGAAUAGCGCACAUAAAACUUCACUCAAAUCUAAUGUAACGUCAGUAUACAUUGAAGGUUUCUUUCGGUAAGAAAACAAGAAACAAAAAGGCGGAGGUAUAUAAUGAAAGGGUCAUUACAAUAGCAGCUAGAUCAUGGAUUUUGAUUUUGGCUGUCGUGAAUUUUGAAUUUGCAAGGUCGGAUUACACUCGACGCUUAUGCGCCUCGCGAGACUCCACCCAAGAUCGAGCUACUAUUACAAUAACCCUAAUGUAUUGUAUUAGUACAAUAUUUUGUAUCAUUCCACUGAUGAUUUUUCUUUACUAUCAAGAUUCAUUAUUUUGUAUACAUUUUGGAAUAUAUUUUUGAAGUUCUUUAAAGCGUCAAAAUAGAUAUUUUAAGUAGCAGUCCAGAUAGAUGUUAUGUAUAAUUACAUGGUAAAAGAAAACACAAUUUUAAAUAUUACAUUUGAACUAACUGAGUUGGAGCAAUAAUAGGAGGUAAUAAAACAAUCGAUUCAAUUAUCUUUCGGAGGGUGACUUUAAGAGUUUCUCCACCAACAAAAGCAGGGCUGUUGCCAUAUGACCUAUAGUUGUGUACGUGUGACGUUAAACUAAACUAAGGGAACAGUCACUAAUGGCGCGUAUAUUCUUUUUAAGUGUGUCUUCUAUUUCAAUACGUUUUAACAAAACAUAUACAUAAUAUACAUAUAUCUCGCUGAGGUAGAUGGUGUAAAAAAGGAAAACGUGGUAUGAAAGUUUACAUUCUAAUUUCUGACAGAAUAUAUACAUAUCCCAUAAAAUUAUAAAAUGACUUCACAAGCUCGCUUAGUUUUUCUUAAAUUUUAAUAUAAAAGUCACAAACUAGUUUCGCCGUGAAUGGCUCAUCAGUGUGUCUAAAUAUAUAACAAUAAGAGAAAGGGAAUUAAUUCAAUAGAAAUGACGUUGACGUCAAGGAAACAAGGGACGUAAUUUCGACGUCAAACGGGAGUUAAUGACGUUAUAAUGUUAUUUAUCAAUCCGUAUCAUGUGAAAUGUUCCGCAUGUUUAAUUUCGGUUUAAAACAGUCAAUAAAAUAUGUUUCUUUUGUUAAUCUAGCUGAUAAACUGUUAGUUUUCAUUUUAUAAAAUGGGAAUAUUGUAAAUUUUGGCUCUGUUGUACAGCAAAAGUCUAUAUGGCUACUGACAGGCAAUUGUCUUACCGACGGGUCUCUAAUUUGUUGAGAAUGAAUUGUUCUUCUAGUUCUUAAUUUGUCUCCGGUUUGACCUAUGUAAUAUUCAUGGCAGCCAUUACACGUCAUAACAUAAAUUACAUUUUUCACAUCACAGGACAUGUUUUCAUUCACGUAAAAUAUUUUCCCAUUAAUGUUAAAUGAAUUAGAUUCUUCUAUUUGUUUACAUAGAUUACAGUUAGGUCUAUUGCACUUGUAAACUCUGUUGUUUCUUUAUAUAUUGAAUUCAGAAAAUUUUGCUCUAGUUAAUAGUUUCUUCAAAUUUGGUGGCUGUCUUUUGCUCCUAAUGAUAGUAUUGGAUCUUAAUAAUUCGUUCAUAAUUGAAUCAGUCUCUAAAAUUGAUAUAUUGUUUUUGAGAACGUUAAACAUCUCUUUAUUAUUUGGGUUAAAUGUAGACACAUAGGGUAUGAUUUCGUUUGGAUCUUUUUCAACUAUAUAUAUAUAUACUUUCAUUAUCCUGUCAGAAAUCAUUCACGGUAACGUAUUUAAUUUUAUUUUUGAUAUCUCAGAAUAUUGCUGCUGAUCACAGAGAGUGCGUUUAUGUAAGUGCAUUCUUCGGACCUAUGCGCAUUUGGCGUUUUGUAAAAUCCGGAGAAUGCCGAGGUCGCAUACAGAGAUAUUGUCAUGACGUGUUCACUACUUAAGAAGAUUGCACCUUCACGCAAAGGAGUAUAAUGACCAAUUUCAGAUGUUGGCAGAUGGUGUUUCCACUGCGAUGGCAUGACACACCUGCAGUUUUGCGACUGGGUUGAGAGAUGUCAGACAGAUGAUGAGGUUUGUUAUGUGCAAAGUUACUUCAGAAGCAUUCAUGCUAAGCUUUACCGAUCAGGCUGUAUAAGCAGACAGCAAUGCACGAGCGUUGAUGGAAACGGUGGUUGUCUGCAA